AUGAAACUUUUUGACACAUCGAACGUCACACACGCCACCACACAUAUUCAGCAAACUAUUAACACCGGUGAUAGCCUUCCGAUUAGUUCAAGACCGUAUCCAAGAACAAUCGAACAAAGACGUGAACUUCAAGCUGAAAUCCAAAAAAUGACACAAACUAAUCAAAUUCGUCCAUCAAAUUCACCUCGGUCAUCUCCAGUUAUUAUUCACAAGAAAAAAGAUGGUGGUAUUCGAUUUUUAGUGGAUUAUCGCAAAUUAAAUUCGGUAACCAAAAAAGAUUGUUUUCCUCAACCAACAACUGAAGAAUUACUAAAUCGAUUAGGUGG